UCACUCAGCAUGUAGAGGAGGCGGACCGCCGGGAGACACCUGGACCACCGCGGACACGCCGGAGCCCGGACACACGCUAUCGAUCCGCACAUAUCGAUAAGCCAUCAGUGAAGGCUCAGACCGAGACGGUUCAGACUGAGUGUGCUGGCAGCAUGGGGAACCUGAUCAAGGUGUUAACCAGAGACAUCGACAACAAUGGUGGAAACUUCUUCCUGGACUUUGAGAACGCUCAGCCCACACAGUCGGAGACGGCGGUGUGGGAGAAGGUGAACCAGGUGCUGACGGAGGCCCGGGUCAUCCUGGACGACCUGCAGGCUUACAGAGGAGCAGGAGAGGAAAUACGACAGGCCAUCCAGAGUCCAGGUGUGGAGGGUGUGCAGGAGAAGGCCUGGUCAGCUGUGGUUCCUCUGGUCACUAAACUGAAAACCUUUUAUGAGUUCUCCCAGAAGCUCGAGUCCAGUCUGCGGUGUCUGCUGGACGUCCUCACCAGCUCCGCAUCGACUCCCACGCAGCACCUGGAGCAGAAACAGGCUCUGGCUCGUCAGUUCGCCCACAUCCUGCACUUCACACUGCGCUUCGACGAGCUCAAGAUGACCAACCCCGCCAUCCAGAACGACUUCAGCUACUACCGUCGAACCAUCAGCCGCAUGCGGAUCAACAACCUUUCAGCCGAUGCAGGAAAUGAGGUCAACAAUGAGCUGGCCAAUCGGAUGUCUCUGUUUUACGCCAGUGCCACGCCGAUGCUGAAGACGCUAAGUGACGCCACAUCAAAGUUCGUCUCAGAUAAUCCAGACGUCCCGAUUGAAAACACGACAGACUGUCUGAGUACGAUGGCCAGCGUGUGCAAAGUGAUGCUCGAAACACCGGAGUAUCGCAGCCGUUUUACCAGUGAAGAGACGGUGUUGUUCUGCCUCCGUGUGAUGGUCGGUGUCAUCAUCCUGUACGACCACGUUCACCCAGCUGGAGCCUUCGUUAAGACCUCAAACAUAGACAUGAAAGGCUGCAUCAGAGUGCUGAAGGAGCAGCCGCCCAGCAGUGUGGAGGGAUUACUCAACGCUCUCAGGUAUACGACCAAACAUCUGAACGACGAGGCUACCUCCAAGCAGAUCAAAAACAUGCUGCAGCCAAAUUAAUCACACGCUGCAGAAGUGAAACUGGAACGAUACAGGAGGCAAAAGUGUUUUGGUCCAAAUUUCAAAUGAACUACUGAACAAACCUGUAGCUAAUUUUUCUUUGUUUAACCUCAGUUGUUGUGUUUUUUUUACUUUCACUUGAGAAAAGCUGUUUUUUUUUUGUUGUAAAAAGGAAAGAAGAGAAACCUUUCAGCCGGCUGAUAAAGCUGCUCGAGCUGCGUUCACGUCAGAUCGACAGUCUGUUCUCAUCAUGUUUACUCUGCACCGUCGAAUCUCCAGAAUUUAUCACAUACAGAAAACACUGCAGUGAAAGCUGCUCGGUCGGUUUGCUAGCGCCCCCUGUUGGUUGCAGUUUGAUUACAGUCAAAGCAUCAAUGUGACAGAACAAACAACAUGCUGAUGAUUUAGUCUUUUUACUGGUUAUACAGGCUAACAACCCGUACUACACUAUGCAGCAUCCUCAUAUAGCAAACAGUUGUUUGCUGUUAUAUAAAAAUGAAAAUCUCAUUUAUGGAUCCUAAAGAGAUUCCCUUCAGACAUGUUUUAAGACAUCUAAAAAUCCUCUUGAAUAGUUAUUUGUGACUGAUGUUUAAUCAAACCUUGAUAGGAACAGCUGAGAGUUUCUGAACCACACACAGACAUUCAGGUCCACCCUCCACACUGAUUGGUCAGGUGUGCGAAGGUGUGAAAGGAAGUGUAGUUUGAACUUUAAACAACUGAAUGCAACACUAUGACUGUCCUUCAGGAGGGGCCGUCUGAUAAUGUGCUCCGUUAGCCACUUUUGAACAACCGUCAUGUCUCGUCUCUGUCCACGAUGUGUGGCCGGUGUGAUCGUGUGAUCGCGUGAUUGGACGACGCAACAUAUGAACUUUCAAACAUAAACCGGCCUUUAAUUUUUCUAGUAGUGGAGCCAAAAAUGUAAAGUUUGUCCUGACCUAGGCGGAUAAAAAGCGUCCUCUGGAGACCAUGUGCUGACUUUUCAAAGACUGAAACAUGGCGGCCUUCGGUCCGUCGGGCUCUCGUACUUCUGAUGUGACGUGAAUGCAGCUCUGACAAGUUUGAAGCAGCACAGAUCUAUUAGCUGCCAUCUGUUAAGUAUGUUGGUGGCUUGACAGUCUGAUAGAUCGUCACUGCAGACCCUUUUCCACCACGAGAACCUUUUCUAGAACUAGUUUCAAGAACCCAGGAACUUGUACACUAGAAGAACCUUCUCCUCGGCUACAGUUCCUACCUCAGAACAAAGUCUCUGUGGCCGAGGUCAAACAAAUUGAACAUCACUGAUUGGUCAAAACACACAGAAUCUCAGAGGAAAAACACGCUUUUUCACAGUUUAUCAUGGUUUUUUAUUUUUGUAACUCCAGCCAUCAGUUCAAUGGACAACGACACAACGCACUGAGCGGGUAAUCAUUUUCCUGUUCCUCUUCAUUUGACUGUGUGAUCGUCUGACGGCUGCUGUUUGCGUCCUGCUACAGCACGAGCAUCGGGGUCUGACACAAACGUGCUAUUUUUAAGUAACAGUUUCUUUUAUUUUUAUGUGAGAUUUCUGUUUUUGGCCUUAAAAGGUGGUUAAGGUUGGAAAAAAGAGGAUAUCAGGUCAAAGCUCCACCUCAAAUCAAAGUGAACGACAGCGCUGUGUUGACUUGUGUUGCCUGCAUCAAAUCUCGCCCACAGUCCUUGUUAUGAUAAACAGCUAAUAAGUAAGAACUAAGGAUGCUUUUCUCAAACUUCAGCUGUUGCAUGUGCAGAUGUUUAUAUUUAAUGUUCAAUAGAGACACCUAAGAUCUUAAACCAAUGCUACAAUUAGUUUAGCCUAAUGUUAUGACGGAUGAAACCGAUGGCUGCAGAGUUCUUGAUAGUUGUUCUCAUGCGCUGUAGUUUUUUUUUAACAGCUGCAGCUUAAACACAGAAAAUCAGUUGGUCAUCAAAUGAGGCCUGAAUCCUAAAUGUCACCUUGUAAUUUACCUGGUUAGCAGGGGAAGCAAACACAGACGCAACCACUGCAAAGAAAAGGAAAAAGUUGUGCAUGAACGUCUCUGAACAAACCGGCUGGCCGUCAGUCCUCAGCCUGAGGAGCGAGAGCUUCAGAUUUUUAAACGUGUGACGCUUUGGAAAUGUUCCAUCUUAGUUUUGAAACAAUUUCUAUAAAUAAAAGUCUCUCUGGAUAUUAGAGCAUCAUGCGACCUGCAUUUGCUCACUUCCCUAAAAGCCCACGCAGCCCAGAGGGGUUCCUGGUCGCCUCGAUGUACAUUUCCUGUGGUUUCUGGAUUCUUGGGUGGAAAAAGGUCGAAGCGCUCAGUAGCCAGUUUGUUUGGGGAAACUGAAACAGAUGAUUCCUCAGAAGAAGAUGAGCUGUUGGCAUCACUAACCUCCAGUAAAGUGGUGUGGUUAACGUUCCCAGCUCACAGCCGCUUCCAUUUGUUCUUCUAUGAGAAGCAUCUCUGAUUGUCUUUGAGUGGAUCCCGAACAUUUCUGCACCUUGAGAGAAUUAUUUGAAUCUAGAAACUCGCAGCGUGAUUUGAAAAACAGUUUGUUGGCUGUCACAUGUGGACGGCUAGCAUAGCCUGUCAUAAACUGGCUACUGAGAGCAGUUUGGCUAAGAGAAGGAGAACCACUGUGAGGAAGAAGAUGCGGUACUGAUGUGACUGAUGUGGACUGCAGUUUGGUCGAUGUUUGAACUGAUCUGAUCAGUGGAACUGCCGACUGGAAAUCUUUAUGAGCUUAUUUGCCUUGUGUGUCGAUGCUGCAGCGUCAGGGAUUGUAUGGCAUUAACUGUUUUAAAUGAUGUUUAUUCGUGUUGGCCAAAUAAAGUUUUUACAUUUUUAA